AUGGGUUCACCAAACGACACUAUCCCAACACUCGAAGAAGAUAAAUCAGGAUAUGGUAACGACAAGAAACAAUGGAGAGCAUGGGGACAUGCCAACAACGAACAAGUACAAUCCACUUGGUACAUCAAAGUUGAUGACGAUGCAUACCUCCACGUCGAUCGUCUUGAAAAAACUCUAGCAAAAUUAGACCCUGAAGGUGUCAAAGUUUACGGUAGAUGUGAUAAUUUUACAUGGGAACCAAAACCAUUUUGUGAUGGUGGAUCGGCUAUUAUUUUAACAAGAGGUGCUUUAGCAGCAAUGAUGAAAUGGUAUUAUGAAGGAAAAUGUAAAGAUACAGGUCAUAAUGAUUUAAGUACUUCAUGGUGUUUUGUUGAUAAUGGUGCUUAUCUUACACCAAUUCCAGGUUUACAUGGUGAGCCACCAGCCAACUGGCAUGAAUUAUCCACAGAUAUUACAUGGCAUCAUCUUGAUCCAGAUGGAGUUCGAAGAGUGGAUAAUAUAUUUUAUUAUAAAUAA